AUUCUAAAAAAAUUCUUGCGGGUUCAACAUAUACCGAAUAUUGUGAAAGUUGUCAAAGUUGGUCGCAGUGCGUUCACUCUUUCGAUUAAAUUGAACAUGUUUUGAACAAAAGUUUGGGAAAGAUUUCAUGGAUCUUCCUCAAGGAUGGAUGGUGUGGUCACUUUUGCUUUAAUCCUUAUUUAUUAUGUUCACGUUGCAAUACGAAGGUAUUUUCAAUGGAUGAAAUUACCACCGGGCCCGUUUGGAUUGCCUAUCAUAGGGUCCUUGUUUUGGCUCGGCUUUAAUCCACACCUUUCGCUCACUAAACUAUCUCGAAGAUAUGGCGACGUCUUUACCAUAACAUUUGGCAGUUACUAUUCCAUUGUAUUGAACAGCAUAGAAAGCGUUCGGGAGACGCUCGUGAAGCGAUCGCGCGUCUACGGAGGCCGCCCGCAGCUGUAUUCGUUCACAGAAGUGCGUGGUGGUCUUGGUGUACUUUUCAUCGACCACACACCAAAAUACGAACGUCAACGAAAACUUGUUAUCCGUUCGUUGCAUAGAACGUUCUACGUCACCAAAAAUCUCGACGCCAUUUUGAAGACGGAAGUUUUAAAACUGUUGCACGAAUUUGCAAAAUGCGAAAACGAGGCAUUUCAUCCGAAAGUUUUACUCAGGCUUUUGGCUGCAAAUAUAAUAUUAAAAUCAUUUUUUGACUUGAAUUUCGAGUUUAAUGGAUCCGAGGCCAACGAGAUUGUAGAUAUGGUUGAAGACUUCACCAAAAACACAAGCCCUGUUAACUUAUCGGACAUUGUGCCCUGGCUGCAAAAAUUACCCAUCGGAUAUUUCUCUAAAAUGCGAAGAAUGUUUCUGGAUUUUGUGGGGAUGCACGAAAAGUAUUAUACUUCCACUACUCUAAGUAGAGUCCCCGGAUGCCCGCGGUGUCUGACCGAUGCAUUGUUGGAAAACCUACCGCUGUACAACAAAGGGAUCGAUGAUGCUGGCUCACUUAUAACCGAGAAAGACCUCGUGUAUGUGUUAGCUGAUCUUGUCGGAGCAGCAUUCGAGACCAUUGCUAACACACUUAGCUGGGCUCUGAUGCUCGUUGCUGCCCAUCCAGCAUGGCAAAUCGCCUUGCAGUCGGAACUUGACGCCGUUAUCAAAGGAGAUCGCCUGCCGUCUUUGAACGAUAGAGAAAACCUUCCAACGAUAAACGCAGCACUAUAUGAAGUAUUGAGGAUGAGUUGUGUCGUGCCAGUCUCCUUGCCUCACUCGACUACGCAAGAUACUAAUUUUCGUGAUUAUAACAUUCCAAAGGGUACUUUCGUUUUCGUGAACUUGUGGGGAAUUCAUCACGACCCGAAAUACUGGAAAUCACCAUACGAUUUUAAUCCCCAGCGAUUCUUGAACAACGACGGGAGGUUUUUCGUACCGAAACACGAAAGUUUUAUUCCGUUUUCAACGGGUGGACGUUCGUGUCUGGGUGAGCGUUUGGCAAAGGACGAAAUCUUCGUAUUUUUUGCUGCAAUUUUGCAACAGUUUCACUUGCGUCUGGUAGAGAACGAGAAUGUAAAUGAUUUUAAUGGAGAAUACCGUCUGACGUUAGCACCCAAACCUUAUUUAAUGAAGCUUCAAAAAAGAAAAGCCUUUGUGAGCGAGAAAACCUGAUACAGUUUUCAUUUUUGAUUAAAAGACCCAAAUGAUAGGGAUUUAUGCCGUGGGACCAAGGAUAUUCCGACGGAGCUAUAAGUUUGCUAUUGAUCAGUGGUUGCGAGAUUUCUGCGUUGCACCCUUGGUGUCACGUGCUAGUAUGAGUGGGCUUUGAGAAUGCCGGCGUUACUCUCGAGAAUGAGUUUUGUUACUUUCUUAUAAAAAUUUGAAAAAGUCCUUCGACCGUAUUCCUGUAAUAGAUUUAGUUUAUAGAGUAAUGUUUUUGUUGUAUAACGCUUCAGCACAUGAUACGAUUCUAACUCAAUGAUAAAUCAUAAUUCUGGAUUAAAAUUUUUAGUCUAUGUAAUGUAUUCUACCAGCAA